GAGUAGUUUUCAACCUUCGUCUCUAACUAUCUCUAUACAUGUCUGACUCUACCAGAGGUUUUAACCGGCUGCUCCACCGACUGCGACCCCAAUUGAAAAGUCUCCUCGGCGCGGACUCUCGCGAUGAAAUACUAACGCAAUUAAAUGCCGCCGACGAGCCCAGACCGGAUAUUGGCACUUCUCGGCCGCGCAAUGGUAUUACCCUUCCGCCUUUCGACGCAAACACGACGAUGUGUCUCGGCCAUUCUCACCCCACGACCGUUGCUGUCGUCAUAGAUUGCGCGAUGACGCGGAGGUCCAGAAAGGGCAGAACGGUGAUGGCAGUCCCGGAUCGCAGAGGGUACGACCCGAUUAAGCGACGACGUCCUACGACGCUCGACACUCUCCGCACGUACGACGAGAACUCCCGCAGCUGCUCGGGAUUCCAUUCGCGCCAAUUUCGGGAGACCGAUGAAGACGGAGGGUAGCUUUGGCAUGUAGCGUAAGAAGUCGAUUAUCAGCCGGCUCGCAAAAUACGUGCCACAAGCGACGCUAUUACGAAUGCGAGCGACGCUAUUACAAUACCAUCGAAUUUUGUCAAAUCUACAGAAAUUUUACAAUAAAUUUCAAGACGUAUCGAGUAUGACACGUUUUUCACAUAAGAAGGAAACAACU